ACAAUGGGUUAUUUGCGCUGUGUGCAUAUGGUAGCAGAUUGGCGUUGGAGGGCAUAUCUGGUUGUGCCGUGCCUCUAAAGAGUGGUUGGCUAUAGUUGAACAGGUCUUCUUCACAGUCAGCUGAGCUGUCCUGAGUGUCGAUGGCAUUCGCACUUGAUGAGCAGGGUCAAGAGAGUAAAUUUGAUAAGGUGGGUGAACAUAUGUCUUUUGGAUGCAGUUUUUGGUAUGCCUUGUGUGAGUAAGCAAUAGAGGCUGAGGUCAGCUUGAAACAACUUGUAAAUCCUCAGCAGCAAGUUUGGUCCUGGUGGUAUUUCCUUCCCUUUGCAAAAUCAGAACCAAGGGGAGCACUUGCAGGGUCAGCAUCUCUGCGUCAUGCCCCAUUGUGGGCUGGGGAGGUGAUGGGGCAAGUGGGCUGGAAGCCACCAGCUGCCAGUGGGGGAUCAGGGUCUCACUUUGUGGAAUCAUAGAAUGGUUUGGGUUUGAAGGGACCUCAAAGCCCACCCAGUUCCAACCUCUCUGCCGUGGGCAGGGACAUCUCCCACUGGAUCAGGUUGCUUCAAGCCCCAUCCAACCUGGCCUUGAAUACCUCCAAGGAUGGGGCAUCCAUGGCUUCUCUUUGCGCUUUCCACACUGCAAAGUUGAAGGAUGAUGCUGGUUCCUCUGUUCAACAGACUGUGGCCACAGAGCAGUGCCUUCCAUCCACAUCUUUCUUCGUCUUUGACUCCUGCUGAUUUCAGUCUUUUUUGCUAAUGUUUGAUUUGGGGCUGGAGGGAGCGGGUUGCAGACUGUCCCAGUGCAUCGCAGACUAUCCCAGCGGGUUGCAGACUGUCCCAGCCACUUGCAAGAUUCCACUGAACUGGACUGUGGCUCUGAGCAGGAUGGGGAGUCUCCCACCCCGGGGUUGUCUUAGCAACCCUAUUGCAAGCCCCGCACCAUUUCUAAUCUGCUGUCUCCGGGUUAUGUCUGAUGUCCCGAGUGAACAAAUUGCAGCCAGGAAGGCGUUUGUGCGUGGCAGACAGCUUCUGUGCUUCUUCCAUGGUGACAGUUGUGCAUCUUAAUUUGAGAGCUUUCAAUUACAGGAACGCUUUGAUCCUCAGAGGUGAUGCUGCGUAGCGGGUCCAGCAGAGGCAGGGAGGGAUGGCUUUCUAGAAUGGUUGGUGCUGGUAAUGUUUCGCUUCCUGAGAGGUUGUGGGUAGCAGUGGCUGGUUUCUCCGAGGAGAAGGAAAUGAGGUGCGGCGGAAGCUGUGGAUGGGUGUGGGGCUGCGUGUGCCGCCUGCUUGCUGCGGGCAAAUCAUGGGCGGAGGCAAAAACCUCCCAGAAUUAUUUUGUCUUUUUUUUUCCCCUCCCCUUGCGUCGCUGCUCAGACUCAGUACUUCUGGUUUGUGGCAGGUGGAAAUGGCUGCAGCAGCUGCUGGAGCAAGUGUUCCUCUGCAUUUUGUGGGUUGUGCUGCAGCUGGGGAAAAGGAUGUCCCCUCCACCAAAGGUCCUGGCAAGAUGUCUGAGGGGGGGCAGUAAAUAAUUUGAGAGUGGGGAUGGAAGGAGGUGAUAGCAAGCAGACAGUAAGUCUGAGCCCUGGCCUUGGCUCCCUCCUCCUCCCCAGCACCACGCUAGAAUUGCACUGACAGUGAAGAAACAGCUGGGCUGGCUCUGGGUCCUGUUUUUUCAGUCUUCAUGGUCAAAGAUCCAGCCCAGUGCCACAGACUGUGUCAAGCCUGUAAAGGCUUCACAGCUCUUUUCUCUGCAGGGCAGCAGCCAGACCCCAAACCAAUGCAGUGGGGAUGGUGUUGGUUGCCCCCAUAUGUGUGGUGUGUCCAGUCAUGAGGGAUCAUAUCCUGCAGGAUCUCCAGUGAUCCCUCAGCUCCCUGCGUUGUCUGAGUUGUCAUCUUUCCAGAGGGUGUGCUCUGGCCCUCUGGAAUAGGGACAUCUCCUUCUCCAUCCUGAACAUCCCAUACCCUUCUUGCCUUGCCACCAUCCCCAUUCUGGGCUUUUGCAGACCCAAGCAACAGUGGGAACCCCCAUGUGAAGCCUGUCCUUGCUCCAGCCCCUUGGUGACCGAGCCACCUUGGGACACUGAGCAGAUUCUCCCAGACCAUGUUGGCUUCAUAGGGGGCUUCUACUGAGGCACUGCAGUGACACUGAAACUAUUUCCAGGGGUGCAGCACCUGAUGUUGCUGAUGGGGAGGUCUGUCACCCAGCUGUCACCAGGGGCCCUGGACAGCACAGGGCACAUUCCAGGGUCAAGGUUACUGCAACAGCUUCCUGCUUAGUGGCACCAUCAGAAGCUCUCAGGGAAUGAGUAUGACCAAGCAGAUAUGGGUCUCUGGACACUGGGGUAUCUGCUUGUCUGGCAUUUUGUUGUUUUGGCCCUUUAAAGAUGCUUUCUCCUCUCCUCUGAAGCAAGCAGCAGGUGGGACCUGGGUGGUGUUCUGCACCAAUCAUAAGGUUUCUUGCUUGCCUCUCCCUGAUUGGCAGCAGAGUGGUCCUGCCCAGUGGGUCUUGGAGCAGUCAGGAAGGGGCUGCACAGGGGAUGGAGGCCACUCCAUGACAGCACCUCCAAUGUCUCUGUCCUCGCUCAGGAGGAUGGUGUCCCUGUCAUUAUCUGGGCACAGGUGCCCCCAACCUCUCUCACCUAUUCCCUGAGGUCCCGUUUUUGCCUGGGUAGUGGGGACAGACAGAGUCCCUGGCAGGAUGUGGCUCCCCUGCCUGCCACAUUACUGGUGACCCCAACCCCGCAAGGGUCUGCAUGCACCCAAGGGAGGUCAGAGUGGCCUUGAUUGCACUGAGGAUGGGACUCCAGGGCAUGGCUGUGCAAGGCUUCCACAGGGAUGUGAACCGAGUUAACACCCUGCAGCUUGCCACCGUCCUUUGGGACAGGGAGAGGGAGAAAUGACUGCUCUGAUUCUGCCUGGAGAGGCUGAGACCCCUACUUUAACUUUCUGGGAGAUAGGCUGCAAAGCUGUAUCUGCCACAGAAUUCCUGUACGUGCUUUUGCCAGGUGGGAGGCUUGGGCUUUCUUCCCAGUCUGAUGUCCUGACCCAAUGUUGUGUUCUGGUGGUAGUCUGGUGGGCUUGUUGGCUGGUUGUGCAUGCUUAUAGUGACUCAGUUACGGUGAAGGCUGACCCCUUCCUUGUCUCAGGACAUGAAAGGGGCAUCCAGCUGAGUGUGCGUGAGGAAUAAUUGCUUUCUGGCUUUGAAUAGCUCACUUAUUUCUGCCUUCCCAGCUUCUGCCUCUAACACCCACGGGGGAGGGCCAUCAGGGAUGAGCAUCCCUGUCUCAGUACAAGCUCUCCUGGCUGUUGGGGGUACUGAUGGCAGUGAUGCCUCACUUAGGCAAUCGUGGGGUGUAGGCAGUGACUGAAGCAUUAGCUGGGAGAGGGGAGAAAAGGGGUGGGAGAAGAGCCCCUGGCACCUCAGGGCUCUAACAGGCACCUUUUCAUCAGGCAUGAAAAGUCCUUUGGCCUGCGUUCAUGACAGCUGCCCUUUGUCUGUGGGCACGAUGUGAAGCCACCAUUGUGGAAGGGGGGAGCGCACAGGGAGGGCUUGUACCUAGCUUCCAGGCUGCCAGGACGUGCAGUUUCCCUGCGAACGGGAAGCAAGCUGUCGGAGAAAGUGACUCAGGCUGGCAGAGGGGAGGCCGGGGGUGGCAGCCCCGCUGAUGCCGCCUUGGGCCCCUGCUUCCCGCACCUCCGUGAAGCCGCUGCUGGCCGAGAUGGGAUGGAGCUCUCGGCCGAUUGGGCGCUGAUCUGAAGCAGGGAGGGGGGAAAUCUGCUUUCAACCUCCCCCCCCCCCCUUCCACCUCCGCGCUGGGGAUGUGAUUCAGUUCCCCUCCCCCAGCCCACCCCCUCUGCUCGGAGGCUGACAGCCGGAGCCGCAGCCUGCCGGAGCCCCGGAGCUGUUUUCCAAGCUGUAGAAGAGAGACCCUGGGAUAUUUUCGCAGCGUCUCAGCGCCUGCUGCGUCCCGGGCCGGACGCGCACGGACAUGGAGAGCCUCAGCCUCCAGCGACCCGCUUGGAAAUGGCAAGUACUGAGUUUGUUUUCGCUCUGCGGCUGGGGCUGGGUCUCCGGGCAGAUCCGCUACUCGGUGGUUGAGGAGUCAGAGGUGGGAACCGUAGUAGGGAACGUGGCCCGGGACCUGGGCUUGAAGGUGGAGGAGCUGCCGGGUCGCAGGCUGCGCCUAGGCUCGGAGGAGAGCCUGCGCCACUUCGCCGUGCACCUGGACAGUGGCACGCUGGUGGUGAGCCAGCGGCUGGACCGGGAGCGUCUGUGUGGAGCAGCUGCCAGCUGCGUGCUGUCGGUGCAGGUGGUGACAGAGAACCCUUUGCAGCUCUUCCGCCUGGAAGUGGAAAUCCUGGACCUGAAUGACAACUCUCCGAGCUUCCCCACUGCUCACCGUACCCUGCGUGUUGCCGAGUCUGCCACGGUGGCUACGCGCUUCCCCCUGGAGAGCGCACAGGACCCCGAUGUGGGCACCAAUGCUGUGGGUUCCUACCGGCUGAGCCCCAACUCUCACUUCUCCCUGGACGUCAAGCAGCAGCAGGAUGGCAAACUCUUCCCAGAGCUGGUGCUAGAGCGUGCCCUGGACCGGGAAGAGCAGCCAGAACUGCAGCUAGUCCUGACGGCCAUGGAUGGGGGAAGCCCAGCCCGUUCGGGCACAGCACAGAUAACAGUCCUGGUCCUGGAUGUCAAUGAUAACGCGCCCACCUUUGACCGUGCCACAUACAAGGUGCGAGUCCCGGAAAACACGCCUGUGGGGGCCCUGCUCCUUCGGCUCAAUGCAUCUGACCCUGAUGAGGGUCCCAAUGGGGAGACACAGUACUCCUUCGGGGUUCACACCUCUGACUUGGUCCGGAGGCUUUUCGCCCUGGAUCCCCACAGCGGCGAGGUCUGGAUAAGCGGCGCCCUGGACUUUGAGGAGUCACCUUUCUAUGAGAUCUAUGUGCGAGCCCAUGAUGGAGGGGUCCCAGAGAUGGAGGACCACUGUGUAUUGCAGGUGGAGGUGGAGGAUACCAAUGACAACCCUCCAGAGGUGCUGCUCACCUCCCUGCUGAACCCAGUACCUGAAGACACCCCACCAGAGACUGUUGUGGGGCUUUUCAAUGUACGAGACCGAGACUCGGGGGCCAAUGGGGCUGUGAGCUUAGAGAUCUCCCCCGAUGUUCCUUUUGCCAUCAGGUCUCUUCAGAACCACUUCUCCCUGGUCACCCGGCAGAGCCUGGACCGAGAGUCCAUCUCACAGUACAGAGUGGAGCUGAUCGCUCAGGAUGAGGGGUCUCCUGCCCUCACCACAACGCUCAUGCUGCUCCUCAACAUAUCUGAUGUGAAUGACAACCCCCCACGCUUCUUGCAGCCCUCCUAUGAUGCCUUCCUCCCGGAGAACAACCCCCCUGGCUCCCUGCUGUGCACGGUCUCUGCCUCGGACCCUGAUGAUGGGGAUAAUUCCCGGCUUGUUUACUCUAUAGAGAGUAGCCAAGUGGAGGGUGCCCCCGCCUCUUCCUUCGUUCACAUCAACCCUGACAAUGGCAACCUGUAUGCUCAGCGCUCCUUUGACUUCGAGCUGCUUCAGGUUCUGCCAAUCUCUGUGGCUGUGCGGGACUCAGGAUCCCCGUCGCUCCAUGCCAACGUUACUGUCUAUAUCUUUGUACUGGACCAGAAUGACCACUCCCCGACUAUCCUGCACCCUGCCAGUGAUGGUGAUGUCCUGGCACCCCAGAGGGUCCCCUUGUCUGCCCCAUCAGGCUACUUGGUCACCAAGGUGACAGCAGUAGAUGCGGAUGCUGGGCACAAUGCCUGGCUCUCAUACCGACUGCUGCCUCAGUCCACUGACCCCUCUUUGUUCCAUGUGUCACUGCACACCGGGGAGGUGCGGACAGCACGUGCCAUCCAGGACACAGACGUGUCAGUGCAGCAGCUCCUUGUCCAGGUGAGAGACAACGGUGACCCACCGCUCUCCACCACUGUCACCAUCGCUGUGGCUCUGGAGGAGGCGGACGUAGAGGAGAGAUACAAGCCUCGGGAUUUCCUUGCUGGUGCCAAGGAGAAGCCGGACCUGACCCUCUAUCUGAUCAUCGCGCUGGCAGCUGUCAGCACCGUGGUCCUUGCCACCAUCACCCUCCUGGCUGCCCGGUGCCUCCGUCGCAGAGGCCGUGUCACCGGCUCACCCUGCUGUUGCUGCUGGCUCAACGAGUCGCCUUCCCGGGAUUUCUUCAAGCAUUCCAGCCCCAAGCUCCAGCUCAACUCUGACGGCACCCUUAAGUACAUGGAGGUCACCCUGCGACCCACAGACACCCAGUCCCAAUGCUACAGCACCUGCUUCUCCCCUGGCUCUGAUCCAAGCGACUUCACCUUCCUGCGGCCAUGCCCUCCCCCUGCCACCCUGCCGAGGGACCCCGGCGCUUUCCUCUCUGCUACCGGUACGCUGCGGGACCCCGGCCAGCAAGCUCAGCCUAAUACAGACUGGCGCUUCUCUCAGACCCAGAGACCUGGAACUAGUGGCUCCCAGAAUGGAGAGGAAGGUGGAGCCUGGCCAAACAACCAGUUUGAUACGGAGAUGCUCCAAGCCAUGAUCCUGGCUUCAGCAAACGAAGCUGCUGAUGGCAACUCGACCCUGGGCGGUGGGACGGGCACCAUGGGGCUGAGCGCCCGCUACGGCCCCCAGUUCACCCUGCAGCAUGUCCCCGAUUACCGGCAGAACGUCUACAUCCCGGGCAGCACCGCCACCCUCACCAAUGCUGCCAGCAAGCGUGAUGCCAAGGGCGCCGGCAACGCGGGAGGCAACAAGAAGAAAUCUGGGAAGAAGGAGAAGAAGUAGAGAAGAAGAAGGAGACCUUAGAGCUACAGGGCAGCCGGCUACAACGCUCCCCCAAGCCACAGCCCAGGCCGGAGGAUGAAUGUGAAUAUUUUUGUGAUACGAAAAGUAGUAAAAGUUGCGAAUGUAUCUCCUCAUCAUCAGAGCUAGGAGCAGGGGCUCGCUGCUGUUAGGUCUCAUGAUGAAAACCAAUCUGGAAGCUAAAUCGAAUUGAAAUAAGUGCCCUGUGAAUACUUGCUCAUGUUUUAUACGAUCCCUCGGGUAUUAGAAUAUGCAAGGACGGAAGGUCUCCCGCCACGUCUUUGGAUCCGAUUUGCUCCCAGAUCGGCUGAGAAAGGCACAAAGCUUGUGCUCAGCUUUGCCCAGUGUAAAUAAUUUGAACGUGGAGCUUUUAAUUUAUAGAUCUUCCAUCAUUUUUUGGGAAGGAAAAGGAAGUUCCUGGCUUAGAGUCCAUGCUCUAGAUCCUUGCUCUUAAGUUUUCCAUUAGUGAAAAUCCCCCUGAGUUCAUGAUAGCGAUGGAUUUGUUGGUAGGGAGUACUUCAGUUCCUGCUUAACUGUUACCCGGGAACAAAAGAAAGUAAGCAUUUAUAUUGCAUGAGUCAAAGGGAAUUCGGCAAAGCUGUGUCCUGAACAUUUGUUUGUUUUUUAAAGUGCAACCACCUACGGCCUGAAAUACGAGACAAAAAAAUCCCCCUCCUGAUGCCUGAGAGGUAGGGAAUUCCAUGAGGAGCAUGCCGAGGUGUGCGGCAGCUGCCCCGCUGGUUCUAGGGGGUCUCCGAAGAGCAGACACAUCUCAUCCCUUCUUUGCAGUAAAUAUUUAUAUGUACAGUCAAUGUUCUUCUAGAAUGAAAGCUAAGAGAGUCUCGCUCCCCCGCGGCCAGGUUCUUUCCGGCAGCCACUUGGCCGUGUCCCCGCCAAGGGGAGCAGGGGAUGAUGCUUCACGUUUCUGCACACCGCAUCUGCAUGCACGUCCUUCACCUCACACCUGUACUUAGCUCCACAGACCCAGAGAAGUCCUCGCAUGCCCACGCAGCGUGGGUCAAACGUGCUGGGGCUGCCUUGGGGACGGAGGUGGGAGAGUAGGAUCAGUCAAGUGGGGUGGGUGACUCCUUGCAUCUUAUUUGGGGUUUAAACCUCAAAUAAGGAAGUUUUUUUGGAUCUCAUUCAAAGAAGUGAGAUCCGUGGAGCUGCCAGCUCAUGGCUUUGGUGCAGAGUUGGUGACUGAGUAAGUGACAUUUGGUUUGGUGGCACUUGGGGACCAGACUCGGAGAAGGGGGAAGCAUGGGGUGAUGCUGCAAAGCCAGCGAGCUGGGGUGACAAGGAGGGGUUGCAUGGAACCACAAUAGCUCAGCCCAGAGGAGAUGAUGCUCCUGCUGGCUUUGGGCUUCUCACCCUGUAGAGGGAAUGAAAAGAUGAGGAACAGGGUUUUUCUACAUGCCCAUCACCCUUGCACCAGGCUGGCUUCCCACAUCAAAGCAGCUCUGAGCACUCUGAAGGAGAUGGGGGGGCAAGGGGGGAGGGGGGGCUUUGUGUGGCCAGAGGGAGGAGAGGGGCUGUGGAGUGGCCAGAGGUGGCCACACCAGGUUUCCCAAGGGGAUGCGUGUUGUUUUUUUCCCUUUUUAAUCACUAACACAUAACUCGCCCAAGCAGAUCCAGCCCUCUGAGCCACGCUCUGGCAUGGCAGCACUCACCCCCUCCCCCCCCAUUCUUCCCUCCCCAAACCCAGGGCAGCAGGAGCAGCCGCCGUGUUUCAUCCGGAUCCAACCACGCUGGCUGCGUUGGGAGCAAUUCCCACCCUGUCCCCUGCAGCCGCCACCUGCCCCCUCCCCCCUUUAGAAAAGCUGUAGCUGAAUUGUAGUCUUUAUAUUUCUUUUUAACCCGCAAUCUGAGGUAGCGUAUCGAGUGUUGUGUAUUUAGUGGCGUGUUAUUUUUAACCUUGGUAAUUAACUUUGUGGCCACCAGUAUUUUUGCUGUAUCUUCUUCCCAUGUGCUCUGUGCGCCGAGUGUCCGUGAAAUGAAACACGUUUGCCCUUUCAAUGUGUCUAAUAUUGAAUUAUACUUAUAUAUUAUAUAUAUGCUUAUAUCCUUCUUAUACCCAUCUAGACCAAUGUCGAUGUGUUACACGCGAGUUUUAUACUCUAAUAUUUAUAUGGCUUUUUUUUCUUUGGAAAAAAAAAUUAAUAAAAUGGUU